CGGCGUGUCGCAACAAGAUGAGGCAUUUGUCAGGUUGCGUUUGGGUCGAGAGCAGUCGAGAGUUGUUACUAGUGGGUGGCAAAGAACGUGGUGUCGUCAUGCCUCUUUGAAAGGGACACGUGUUUUCCGGCCUGAUUUCGUAUUUUUCCUAAGACAACAUGGGUGCCAGCAGGUGCUGUGUACCUGGGUGCAAGACAAGAUAUGGCAGCGGCCUUGCCAUGAGACAGUUUCCAAUUUCUAAUCAUCAAAUGAUGAAGAAAUGGAUGGAGAUGCUACCGGCAGAUGUCACCAUGAGCAAACAUAGUGCUGUUUGUGAACUGCAUUUUGAGGCGCAUCACUUUGAGGAGGCUCGUAUUGCUGGAAAAAGGAAACUCAAGUGGAACGCUGUUCCUACAAUUGAGGGGCCCAUAGACUUCCUCAGCUUCUCCACCACUUCUGUGAUGGAGAAGAUGGAUGUGGAUGAUGAUGCUGUCAUAGACCUUAGUGCAAGUAGCCGUCCAGCACGACGAGACAACUUCAGUGAUGGCACCCUCGACUUGUCAAAGCCUUCUGGGGAAUCUCGAAGCAAUGCUCCAGUGGUUGUUCCAUUGCCACUAUCACUCCCUUUGCAACUCAGUGGCUUGCCACUCACUGUGCAGGCCGUCACAAGCUCACCAAGAUCAGCAACAUCAUCACCUAGCUUAAAUACCGCCUCAGUUACCCCAACUGCCGCCCCAGCUAUUGCACCUCCAUCUGAGCCUGGAACCAUGGAGCCGCCUCCAAGCCGUAGUUUGUUAAGGAGGGAUGUGGACGGUCAAUAUCAAUCAUCAAGACGAAGCUUACGCCCAAGGCUUGAGCCACGUAAUUAUGUAGAAAGCCCUGAUGUCAUAGUUCUCUCAGAUGAGGAGCCCAAGUUAAAUGGGUUCUCAAAUGGCUAUGAGAGUGACUCAAGUGAUUUAGGUGAAAUGCCGCCCCUUUUGCCCAUUAAGGAACUUUCACCUGCCGAGGUUGAGGAACGAGAAAGAAUGCUUCGCAAACUUCGAGAGGAGCUGCGAAACGAAGAGAUGAAGCUGGUUCUUCUUAAAAAACUGCGACAGUCACAGCAAAUGAAAGAAAACAUUGCUGUUGCCCCCUCCUCUGGAUCAUCACAACCGUCUGGCCCUUCUGCCGUACCACCUCCAGCAGGCACCAAAGUUUUACCGGGGAUGGUUAAGCCAACUACUUCAACUCUCAUCCCUGGAACUACGAUUGAUCGUGUUCCCUCUGCUGCGCAUUCUCAUUCGCACUUAAAUACAACUCAAGCUCAUUCAUUAGCAAGAAACCACCACAAACAACCUACACCGAAUGUUCCUUUGCCUGUUAGCAGAGGAGUGCCACCCCCACGCAGUAGCCUGCCUCCUCCUUUGCUGAGCAAUAGAUCAACGGCAACUCCUAUUCUACCUCCAAAUACCACCCUGACUCCAACCAACAUGUCAAGAGGAAGCAGUAAUUUAGGAAGAUCAAGCAGUCAUGGAGUUAAUUAUGCAGUCAAUGAUCGUCUCAGCAAGGACCACCACUCACCUGCUGCAACCCCACAACCACAGGAUCGUGGUCGAGGAGAGGACAACCAAACUCCAGCUCAGCGACAAGCUGCAGCUAAACUUGCUCUACGCAAACAGUUGGAGAAGACUUUACUUCAGAUCCCUCCUCCUAAACCACCACCUCCAGAAAUGCACUUCAUCCCCAACCCAUCAAAUACAGACUUUGUGUAUCUGUUGGGAUUGGAGCAUGUUGUUGACUUCAUUACCAAGGACAACAAGACACCUGUGCCUCCAGAACCUUUCCGCUGCACUCAGUGUGGCACCAACUUCACUCCUGUUUGGAAAUGGGAGAAAAACUCCUCCAAAGGAAAAGAUCCGAAGGUUAUUUGCGAGUCGUGCGUGACUACUAAUGUGAAAAAGGCUUUGAAAGCAGAACACACAAACCGCCUAAAAACAGCAUUUGUCAAAGCUCUCCAACAGGAACAGGAAAUUGAGCAGAGAUUGGCUCAGUCCAGCAGUGCUUCUCCACAACCAGACAGCCAUCAUACACCGUCCCACACCCCCUCCCAUACUCCUUCCCAUACACCAUCACCUGCUCCCAAAUCUUCUACGCCAACCAUCCCUCCAUCCCGUCAUGUCCCUACACCUCCUUCCAACAAUAGUUCUUCUCGCACUCCUCCGUUGUCAAAGCUUGCUCAGGAGAACAGCAAGUACAGCAGUCAUCAGCAGGCUGCAGCUGCAGCAGCCUUACAGCAACAGCUGCUGCGUGGAAUUGGUGGUGUUGGGGGCCUGAACCAACACCAGCUCUCGGCACAGAUGCUGCAGUUUACUCUGUACCAAUACCAGCUUGCCAUGGCCCAGGCCCAGGCUCAGGCCGCAGGGGCGGCUAGUGGUAAAGGAGCUGCAGCAGCAGCCGCCAACCUGGCAGAGUUUCAACGUCAGGCAGAGACAUUACAGAGGCAAUACCUCAUGGACAUGACUGCUUCCUCGCCUUCAUCUCGUCACAGCAGCCACCACAGUGCCCACAGUAUGAACAACUGGAAAACAUGAGGGUCGCUCGGCCACUCGGCCUCCUCUAUGAUACCUGCUGACCUUCUUUCGGAGGUUAUGUCAGCAGGCACCAAGGGGCCGGUGGCCGCAGAUCUGCAACGUCAGUACCUGCUUGAUAUGUUGAAUCCCCAAGCACAAGUCUCUCAACAGUCUUCAAGCUCAUGGAAGUCUUCAUCUUCCUCAAACCAUGCUGCUGGUGUACCAUUGCCAUUACCACUACCCAAAGAACUUGCAGGAAUGCUGGCAAACAAGGACUCCUUGCCACCCGAGCUAAGACAGCAGUAUCUACUAGAAAUGUUAAAGCCUGCUAAUUUAGCUGCAUUACGUUCUCAGCAACCCCCUUGACAUGUGUGAUUGUUUACAGUAUUAACAUGAAACCUUUAUACAUGUUCCACUUCAAAAACAUAAAAAUAAAAAAAGAAUUAAUUUUGAACUUCUGACCAAUGUAGACAUUGGUUUUAGCACAGAUAUCUGCUUGCUGCUAUACUUACUUUACAAAGCUUUUCACUUGACAAGAUACACCAGAAAUGAAAGUUAUUUCAACUUUAAUACAGUUCCGAAGUAGAAUUUUCUCCUUAUGCAACAAAGCUCAGAUCUGCAGCCGUCAUACUUUUUGGCAGAUCUGCGGAAAGCAACUGGUGUCUAAAUUUGGGUUAAUUCAAGGCUACUUCAAUUAAUUGGCCAAUAUUAGAACCUUACUUAUUUCAUCUGUUACUGAUAAAAGCCAAUAGACUGUGAUCUUAUCUGGCUGAAAGUGUUUGGUAGACUGUCAUUUGAAACCAGUGACUUUGUUUUAACAAAAUGUUGUAUUUAAAUAAAAAUGUUCUGUUAAAACUGUAUUAUGGUAUGCGGCUCGCAAGUCCAUCCAUUAUCCUGUAAGGUUGCUUUGUUUUAAUUUUCUGCUUUGUCUGAAACCUAGAACAUUUUGGAAGUAGUCUUGAUUUAAAUGAGAACUUUGUCUGAUUAAUAAAAUAUGAAUGGAAAGAACAUAGAAUGAUAGAAUUGUCUGCUGUAUAAGUUAAGGCUAGAUUGAGGUUUUAAAUCUUAAUUUGCCAGAAAAUUUACAGACCAGUCUAUUGGGUGAUCGGAAAUUGCUGCCUGAGGAUGUCACUGAUCUCCCAACCACCUUGCUGGAUAUGGUUCUGGGGUGUUGUUAGAUCGGCCUGCAAAAUUUUGGACUACUUAUACAUACUCUUGACAAACCCUCUUUAAAACUGGUUUGUUGAAUAAACUGCAUUACUUCAAUGUUUUGUACCUCACGUUGUGCACCACUUAACCUGUUUGCUCCACCUUGCAAUGGCUCAAUCUUUAUUUGUUUUUGUGGUAAACUUAAACUAAGUAGUUAAUCUCCCUUUAGGAAAAUUGGAUGAAGCUCGUGUAGAACUAUCAGCAUUCUCUCUAGCUGUUUUGGGAAUCGUUUACAUUUAUAUUAUAACUGGAACUUUGUGUUGAAACCGCCUUUUUUUUAACUUUUAUUUCAAGAAGAAAUAGUGGAGUAAUUGUAUUGAAUGUAUUUUAUUCACAUCAAUAGUGUCCAUUGAAACCUCACAAAUGUGUUCUGCACGUAUUCAAAUGGUUGACUUCUGUAGGAAAUCCAGUUAGAUGGGCUACAAUACUAAUUAAGGAUGUGUGUGAUUAAUUUUUUUGUCAAAAUCUUAGACCAUUGAGUUGUUUAAGUAUUUGUUAGAUGCUUGUUAUGAAUUUUGUUUUAAAGAACUUGAUAGCCUUUUUUAUAGAACAAAUUUACAUUUUCGGGAAGGGAGUGGCAAGGUUUCUGCUUUUGUUUGUUCUAUGUAAUGGGUUGUGAUCUUCACAGUCGACCAACUUAUUACCGCUACUAUUGGUUUGUGCUUGAUCCAAAUGUAGCUUUUCUCUUGCCUUCGGUUCCUUUUUAACUAUUUUCUUCUUUCUCUCUUAGGAAGAAGGUUUUUUUUUUUUUUUAAGCUGGUUAAAGAUGGUUCAAUAUUUAUUUGUUUUAUGUGUUGUUUUGUCAAUGUUAUUUAUAUGUCCGGGGUUAUUGAGGCAUAUGUAGGGUGAGCAUAGCCCACUUAAGAUCUGUUUGUGUACUUCAUUUUAGAAGGUUUAUUUCCAUGUGGAAAACUUGUUUCUCGGUGUAACAAAAUUGGCCCUUUUGUGUGCUCAAUGUUUGUGUUGAUUUCUGUUUUAAAAAUUAUUGUUUCAAAUAGACCUGCAAUUACCAUUUACUAAAACGCUUUGUUUGGUUGGUCACAUCUAUGAGAUUAAUUCUGUUGGUCUAACUGCUCUUCAACGAUUAUUCUGUUUAUGGUGCUUAUUUAAGUGACGAUUCUUCCAUAUGUCAGCAGAAAAUGUUGAUAUAUUUUAACAUAGCCUGAUCAGGAAUAGAAGAAUUAAACCAAAGUUUAACAAUGUUAUGUUGAAAUGUUUUAGUUUGAGAUUUUUUUUUUUAAUGUUUCAUGCUAUUAUACUUGUGUAUUCCUGUUUUAAAUGAUUCAUUUCUUGUACGUGAUAUUGGGGUUUAUGUGACGGUAAUAGGAUGUGUUUCCCAUUACUUCGAAUUUCUUUUAUUAUAUGCCUAAUUGUAUGAAAUACUAGAAUUCAAUAUAUGGGUGUUGUCUUAGGCCUUUUGUGGGUUCGGAUUUGAGGAUCUUUUUCCCAGCCUCUCUUGAUUGUACAUAUUUGGUGGAAGUAGCAUCAUGUGUCUCGGUGCCGCUAUAUGUGUUUUAGUGGUCGUUCUUGGCUUUGAUGUUAACUCUCAUACUAUGUAUGGGUAAUUUGAACACAGCAUACGGCUGCAAUCAGCAGGCCCGCAUCUCAAAUUUGUUCUCUUUGUGGAAAGGUCUAUGUUUAAUUUGAACCGUAAAUUGUAUAGAGCAGGCUUCAGUGUUUCCUAGAUAGUAUCCUUUUUGCUUGAAGUAUUUGGCCAAUUUAACGACAUGUGUGCAACAACCUCUAUGAACGAUUCGGAGUUCUUAGACGGAAGCACACUAAAUAGUGUCAAGCUUGAUACCACAACAAACUACCAUCACUUUUGGGUAAACUAAAUUAUUUUGUUUACAUGUAUUCAGCAUUGUUCAUGUGUUUGUCACUGGUUCUGUUAUUUUUCCUUUCGACUGUUAAUUAUAGAUACUGUUUGGUUAAAUUUGGCAGGCGGCCUGUUAUCUCUUUAUAUUAAGCAACAUGGAUCUCUUCACAAAUCCUUAAUUUUUUUGUUUGGAACAUUUUACUUAUGAUAUUGAUAUUUCGUAGCAUUUAUCAUGUGAAAUGUGAUAGUUGACUGUUAAACAUGAAGCUUCAAGAUCUGUUCUUUAUAUUUCACCUCCAAAUCAACUUGAGUUUUGAAGGCCGACUUUUGCCUAGUGUAUAUAAAAUCUACUUUAUAAAAAUUAUACAACACCA